AUAUCUUCAACCUUCUAAAAAGCUAAAAUCUAUAAAAACCCUAGCUAGUUGCUAAAUCAAUGUAUCUUCCUCCUUUCUCCAAACAUUGUAUGAAUCUUGCUCAUAAAACCUUAUUUAUGACUGUUUAUUUCGUCUUGAUCCUCUUAGUUUUUAGUUCUUGCAACGCCGCGGCGAGGAUAGGACCAAUUAAGGUUUCUGAAAUGGAAAUAGUUCACACAAGAUCAAGAUCGUCAAGACAUGAGUUCACUGAUGGUUUUAGAUUCAAAGGUCGUGUGUUCCAUAUUUUGUCUAAACGGGGACUUGUACCACCUUCAGGACCUUCCAAAAGGCAUAAUUCUGUGGUGAAUGAUCUCAAACACUAAUUGGUUUCUUGUUUUUGUUGUUUAGUUGGCUUUUUGACAAUCAUAAUAUACAUGUUUAGAAGGUUUUUGAAAUUGUUUUUUUUGGCUAGGUUUUGGUCCUUUGAAAAUAUAUUUUUGUUCAUUUUAUACAUCAUUUGAUUUCAUUCAGAUCUGUAAUAUCUCGUUGGAAAGUGAUACCUACGUGCGUAGAUUGUAUGUAUCACCUUUUUCUCACACCAUUGUAUAUAUCUUUCAUAUCAAAUCUCUUCGAAAAUCAUAGGGAGUAUCAAUAUGGAUGGACUAAACCUUCUCAG